AUGGCAAUGCUUGACCCUUUCUCACCUUCACAAAACGGUAAUGCUCUACAGUUAAACAGUAAGGAACAUUCAUAUAAACCAGAAGCUCAAUUAAGAGAACGACUACCAUGUGAGUUGAGUUGGAACUACUACAAAAAGAGAAAGAAAUACAGGAAGCAUCAGCCAAAUGGCAUUACACGCGGACAGAAAGUUGCAGGCUUGCCGACGGUGGUUGUUCAGACUGCGGAUCUCCAAACAUGGGUCACUGAACGUAUGGUUGCGCAUAGAGAUGGUGAUCAUGGAACAUACCUUGAAAGCCGUGAUCUUAAAUACAGUUCCAAGUCGAUGGAUGUAUGGUUGCGCAUAGAGAUGGUGAUCAUGGAACAUACCUUGAAAGCCGUGAUCUUAAAUACAGUUCCAAGUCGAUGGAUGUUUCGAGAUGGGAUAUCGAAUAAUCCAUAA